CCGGAAAUAAACAAAGCCAGACAAGCUGAGAGGAGGGAAGAGGCUCAGCUGCUGCAGCCAGGGACAUUCAUACUCGUAAGAGAACCAUUUAUUUAACGUCGUGUAUAACAACAGAAACAUAAGUAUGUGUUUACAAAUCGACCAUUAAGAUGUCAAACUGUAAACCAUAUACGUUUGCUGUUUUAGGAAAAGUCCGACAGAGUGCAAACCAGUGACAGGUUCAGCGUUAGCUAGACAACAUGCUAACUCUUAGCUAGAUUAACACAACAGACAUAAUACAUAAUCAGCAUUUGAAAAACCACUAUUUUCUAAAUGAAAAUAAAAAGCCACUCCGAAUGGAUUUUAGUGAGUGCAGCUUUCAGUCAGAAAAGAGAAUCAGUUCUCAGCUAACUUUAGGUUAUGUCUGUUUAACCGGUGUUUACAUUUCAACAUCUUGCUAUUAUCAUAUGCUAACUAACCAAUUCUGAUUCUCAUUCGGGAUUGUUAGCAGCAGCUGAGCUCACAUUAAUCACCAUCAUGAUGACAACUAAGAGACUAGACAAUUUUGAGGUGAUGUGUGAGUGGGAUUCAUGCGACUUCAGGGGCUGCACCGUGGAGGAGCUCAGCGAUCAUAUGGCUCUGCAUUUAAAGGACUACCUGGGAGACAACGACGCCUUAGAGGAGCUUGACGAGUAUGCUUGUCUCUGGAAAGGGUGUCAAUUUCUAGCCAUGGGCUGCCCUGCGGAGCUGGAGGUCCACGCUCACUUCCACAAUUAUCACGGUAAGCUGAAGUUCGUCGGGGCGAGGCUUCUCAAGUCCCGCCCCGACCUACCCAGCUGCAACGAAGGUCUGCACAGCAGCAACCUGGUUCCCGAAGGGUCGGAUGGAUACGUCUGCCAAUGGGAACACUGUGAUAGUACAUUUAACAAUCCUGAGUGGUUUUACCGACACGUGGACAAUCACGUUGAAAGUGCUGAGCCACAGUCCCUCCCUCAUCAGCAGCAGACUUUCUUAUGCCCCUGGACAGGCUGCGAUGCUUCCUUCAAAAUCCGAUACCGUCUGAGGGAGCACAUGCGGAGCCACACUCAGGAGAGACUGGUGGCUUGCCCGACGUGUGGCAACAUGUUCUCCAGCAACACUAAGUUGUUCGACCACCUGCACAGGCAGGCCGAGCCAAUAGAUUCACUGGUGUGUGAACAUUGUGGCAAAGCUUUUUCCAACGAGAGGCUGUUGAGGGAUCAUGUUCGUCAGCAUGUGAACCAGGUGAAGUGUCCCUUCUGUGACAUGACCUGCACCACUUUGGCAGCUCUGAAGAUCCACAUCAGAUUUCGCCACUGUGACGAGCGGCCCUUCCCGUGCGACUUCUGCGACAAGAGAUUUAAGAACCAGCGCGACCUGCAGAAGCACACCGAGGUUCACAAUGAGGGCACCGUGUAUCACUGUACAGUGGAGGGCUGUGAUUAUUCCUGUCACACAUUUCCAACCAUGAGCUACCACUACAAGAGAGCGCACCAGGUCGGAGGGAUGUCCAAAUAUAAAUGCCAUAUCUGUGAUAAGGUCUUCUCCUGGUGUUACACUCUCACACUUCACCUCCGCAAGAAGCACGAGCUGAAAUGGCCGUCUGGACAUUCUCGCUUUCGUUACAGAAAAGACGUAGACGGCUUCCUAAAAGUGAACAUGGUGCGGUUUGAGACUGUGGAAGUGACGAAGGAGAUCAUGAAGAACAUGGCCAAAAAGCCGCAGAGCCUUCGGAAAAGUCAGAGAACGAAGAGGGCUGCCGUCCCACCGGAGAGCAGCCGGAGCUCCCCCGCAGGGUCCUCCUCGCCCUCCUCCAGCUCCUCCUCCUCGUACGGCUCGGAUCUCUCUGGAGCGGAGGACGUCUCGUCUCAGCCGAGCCCCCGAGGAAGCGACUCUCCGGUCUACUGCGUGAUGAGCACCAUCCCUCUCAUCGAGGAGGAGCCCGGGGGGUCGUCGCAGGAGGACUGUGACGGCAGCGGGACGUCGGGGGCGGUGCAGGCCCUGACGGAGGUGGCGAGGGGCCUGGGCAUGGACGUGGUGUGA